AAUAAGAGAUACCUAUCUUUUUUUUUAAAAAAAAAAGAGAGUUUUUUACCGUUGCAGAAGAAUACUGCUGUUCUCCAGCGUAAAAAGAAUGACUCAAGUUCCCCCCACCGCCGACGCUAGUUUCAAGUGGAAAACUUUCAAAGGCUAUGAAGAAACAAAUUUUGACGAUGAAUGGACCACUUUUAUUAGCUCUCUAGACUCUACCUUCACCUCGAAUCGUGGGUGUCAUAAAUCUAAUUAUCAAAUGGAUUUAUUAACCAGUCAAGAAGACCUUCAAACCACUUUUCAGCCCAUCAUUCCCAUACGCGAAUCAUUUGUGACACCCUAUCGUCACUGGGAGGAAAAGGAGGAGGAGGAGGAGGAGGAGGAGGAUGAUUAUUUUUACCAUGGUUGUUAUGCCGAUAUACAAAUACCUAGUGUCAAGCAAAGAAUGUACUUUCCAAGAACAACAGCAGACCGAAAGAUACUUCAAAAUGAAGUCUUACUCAAUAACAACAAGACGCUUUUCCUGACACUGUUAAAGACACCGCGUAGUCUGGACAGUAUUGACAUCCCCCAAAGUGAUGAUUUCUGCGUCACCAUCUGCUAUCAUGGGAUCGAAAGAUCGUCGGGUCUUGUCCUAAAGUGCAUUCAAAUUUACAUACAUCCAACGGGUCAGUCUUACACCGUUUUGAUUGAUCAAACCUGUCUCCUCAAGAACCUGAAAACACUUCAAUUCACACAGUUUGGACGACUCCUCAAGGAUCCAGAUAUCAAGCGUAUCUGCUGGAACCCGAGAUAUAUUCAAUCCGCCGUUGAGCACCAAUUAGGUUUCAGCUUGGGAAAAUGCAUUGAUCUAUCAGUGAUGUUUCCCACCUUUACUUUAUGUCAGUCUAUUCAUCUCUAUCUGAGUCAGUGGCAAGACAAGAAUCAAUUUGAUUAUUUAGAGACAUUGAUGCAUCAGAAAGAAUACUUGUGCUCUUGUUGGAGUUGUCCUUCAUUACCUUUGGAUGUUCAAAGUUACUGUGCUGUAGAAGCGUGGGCUGCUUACUCUUUGUAUCGUAUUUGCUUUAUAGCUUUACAAUAAAGACCAAUCUGUCA